AAAGUUGAUGUUUAUGUUCUAAAUAAUCUUUGGAACUUCAAAUUAACAUUUUAAAAAUUUAAACGUUUUAAGAAAUGCAACGUAACAUUUAAAAUGUAAGAUAAACAAAGAAUUUUAACAAGUCGUUGUUGAUGCACAAAACAUGAUAUUUUUUUAAUUUUCAGAUAAAAUUGGAAUAUUUGUAAUAAUUUUCUUGAAAGUAACAUCUUAAAUAAUUACAAUUUAUUGUUCUUCAAGCAAAUGGGACUGACUGCAUAAGCGCACACUUUGGAUUUUUUAUUAUGCGAUUAUCGUGGAGAGCACUAAUUAUCUUGAUAAUAUUGGUCAUUGUUUUUGUUUUGUUCGAAACUCAAAGAAAAGAAAAAUCAAAACAUAUUGAAAAAAAAAGAGCCGUCAAAAGUGAAAGGCGAUUUAACUACAAAAAACACAAGAAAAUUUUAACAAACAGAUUAAAGUCGCUAGUUGCAGGGCAAAGUUUAGGUGCGUUAUUUCCUAAAUCUGUGGAGAAAAAAAAAACAAUCAAGGAAAUUGACAACGGUAAUUAUAAACUACACCGGCUUUUGUUUCAAAUGUGGGAUCCAAAUAAACAAAACGAUCAAGCUAAUCUUUUAAACUGCGAUAACUUGAUAAGUAUGGAUGAAAAGCAAUUUAAACAAGGUCGACGUUUUGCUCGUAAAUUAAAUCAUAAGUUUUAUGAAUAUAUAAAUGUCUCUGAAAUUUAUGAGACCAUUCGACACAGUUGUAUGCCUGUUCACAACAUAUUUUCCUAUAAAACUCCAAAAUAUAGCUAUGCAUCUUACCCAAUAGCAUAUACUAUAACACUUGACCGAACUGCGGAACAAUCGUUGCGUUUUUUGUCAAGUAUUUAUCAUCAUGACAAUAUAUACUGUAUUCACCCUAACUCAAUAUUCGGCUCAACGUACUUAAAUGUUUUUAAAAAAAUUUCCGACUGCGUUCCAAAUAUUAUUUUACCCGAUCGAAUAUACGGAAUAAAAGUAAAGACAUACAAUCGUCUAUUAGCACAAAUUGCUUGUUUCAAAAAACUUCUUAACACCACUGUUCCGUGGAGAUAUGGAUUUAAUUUACCCAGUUCUGCUUUUCCAUUAAGAAAUAAUACUUAUUUUGUGCAAUAUUUAAAACAAAAACCGUAUGAAAACGUUGUCCCGUGGGAUAUACCUGCUGAACGUUUUCAAAAACGCUUUAUGUAUUCGUUUGCUUUGAAAGAAAUUGAAGGAGAAACAUUACUUGUACGAACAAAUAUUAAAAAAAAGAAUCCUCCUGGAAACAUUAAAAUAUUUCGAAAAGGGGAGCACUUUAUAUCAACCCGUGAAUUUUGGGAAUUUCUAACUGAAUCUGAUAUAGCUAAGUCAUUCUUAGAAUGGGCCCACGACACUAAAAACCCAGAAGACUUUUUUUAUGCUAGUAUGAAUCGGUAUAAAGGUGCUCCUGGCGGGAUACCAUAUAACGAAGAGGAUCUUCAACAAGAAGGAGCAUUACAGACAGUAGAGAGUGAAAAUGUAAUUGAUUUGCCAGAUAGCGAUUUUGUUGUUAACCUGUGGAAAUCUGAUCACAGUAUAAAAUGUCACGGUGUGUAUAGAGGUUAUAUGUGCAUUUUUGGAUCGGCCGAUUUAAGAUGGUUAAUCCAACAAGAUAGUUUGUUUGCUUUUUCAUUUGAUUACCGAGUUGAUCGUGUAGCAAUAGAUUGUCUUACAAAACAUAUACAGACUCCAUUGCUGACGGAAUAUAAUGAACAAACAAAUAAUUUGUUCUCAUAAUGUUUUGUUGUACAAAAGGUUACUAAUAAAAUUAAUAACAGGCUCUUAACCAUGUAA